CGGCCCCUCCCUGGAGCCGCUUUGUCCCGGGUGACGGCGGCCGAGGUUGCGGGGAGGAGCGGGAAGGAGGCAGAGGCUGACGGCCCCACCGACUGCGAGUUCCCGAGGCGGGGAGCGCCGCGCACCGCCCCACGCCCAGGCCCGCGGGCAUCGUGCGCGUCCCCACGCGCGCUCGCACCGGCGGGCAGGUGAGCCGGCGGAGCGGGCCGGGAGUCGCUGGCCCCCGCAGACAGCCGGAGCCACCGCUUUUGCCCGCGCAUCGCGGACGCCCAGCAGGAAUGAGGGGAGAAUCUUACUUCAUCGGAAUGCGGAGCCCAGGGCAGCAGGGGCACAUUCCAGAAGAUGGAGGACUUUUCUUACUCUGCUGCAUAGACAGAGACUGGGCUGUCACUCGGUGUUUUGCAGAGGAAGCUUUUCAAGCAAUCACUGACUUCAACGACCUUCCCAACUCAUUGUUUGCAUGCAACGUUCACCAGUCAGUGUUUGAAGCAGAAGAGAGUAAGGAGAAAUUUGAGGGACUUUUCCGGACUUAUGAUGACUGUGUGACGUUCCAGCUAUUUAAGAGUUUCAGACGUGUCCGAAUAAAUUUCAGCAAUCCUAAAUCUGCAGCCCGAGCAAGGAUAGAGCUUCAUGAAACCCAGUUCAGAGGGAAGAAAUUAAAACUCUACUUUGCACAGGUUCAGACUCCAGAGACAGACGGAGACAAACUGCAUUUGGCUCCACCACAGCCCUCCAAACAGUUUCUCAUCUCACCCCCUGCAUCACCUCCCAUCGGCUGGCAGCCCAUCAGUGAUGCCUCGCCCGUCCUCAACUACGACCUUCUCUAUGCCGUGGCCAAACUCGGACCAGGAGAGAAGUAUGAGCUCCAUGCAGGGACCGAGUCCACCCCAAGUGUCGUUGUGCAUGUGUGUGACAGUGACAUAGAGGAAGAAGAGGAUCCAAAGACUUCUCCAAAGCCAAAAAUCAUCCAGACCCGACGCCCCGGCCCGCCGCCCUCCGUGUCCAACUGAGCUCACCGCUCCGCCUCAACGAUGAUCUCUGUCUCCUCUUUAUCAUGCUUUUUUUUUCCUGUUGUUUGUUUGUGGGGAAAAAAUUUAAUUGCCUUUAAAUUCCUGAGUGUUUGGUUGAUUGAGAUUCAUUCCUUGUAAUCAAGCCUCUUGAACAAAAGGGCUAGGAAAAGGUGAUACGUUUCCUGAUCAUAUCAUACCCCAUCAAGUGUAAUCCAUUAUUUAGAAGUUUCUAGGAAAAAAAAAAAAAAGUAGCGUUUUCUUAUUAAACAAUCAGCACAGCUUAUAUCUUCAUUCUCUCAUGCCGAUCCAAGCCAGACACAUCAGUAACAAAUAGCACCUGUGUUGUUUGCAAGCUGUUUCUGUCCCAGUCCUGAGGUGUGUGUGUUGUUUUUUCCUGGCCACUUAAAUAGGACCAUAUGUAAACUUGACUUUGACUGCAUGAGAUACCCUUAUCUGGUCUCACUCAGUCCUCUGCAUCCCAACAUUCCCAGGACAUGCAUGAUCACCAGCAUUUAUUUUCAUGAUUUGAGAAUACACAAAAACUCAGAUUUUCAGCAUCCAGCCAUGUCCUUAUCUAGAUUAGGAAAAUUAUCAGCAUCAUCCAGUUCAAUAAGUCUAGGUAUAUUCACUCUUUUGAGUCAACACUUCAUAGCUCUCUUAAAAUUCGUGGAGGCAAAACUGAGCUUGGCCCCAAAGAUAAUCCUAGGUAGAUUUUGAACACCACUUCCCUAUUAGAACUUUCCCAGCCUCACUGGGGAGGCUUGCCCAGAAUAGAGACUGAGUUCAGAAAACCUAUUUAUUACAAAAGUUUCAUGGGGUCUGAACGAUUGUUUUUUCUCUUUGUAUAUUUGUACAAAUGUUUCAGCUGUGCUUUUAAAAUCUGGGUGUUUUUUAUUUAGUGAUUGUUCAGCCAUCAGCUGCUUAAGAACAUACUAUGUGCAUUGCUUAUGAAUGCAUUCAUAUACUAAUGCAGAUAAUAUGAUAAUAUUAUACUCUAUUAUGGAUAAUGCUGAAUUUUGAAAGGGCACAAAACAUCUCAUGCCGAUACAUAACUGGUUAGCCAACAUCUUUGCUAUCAAGAACCAUUUGUUUUUAAAUAAAGUGAAGAUGCAAGUGUCAGUUGUAGACGAUUUGGAUGAACCUCAAUCUCCAGUAUGUAGCAGCAGCUGAGCAUACUAAAAUGGGAAAGAAUGAUAGAUACAUGUAUGCUGACCCUAUUCAUGCAAUGCCCACAUGCUCAAAAAAGUCAUUUUCAUUACAUAUGUAAUGAUUUUUCUAUUCCUCUAGCCCAAAGUGCAUUACAGAAGAUACACUUAUAGAACCAUCACCUUCUGCUCUGUGUGUCAGGCCUCAUUUCCUCCUGUACAUUGAUGAAUUACCAUAGAUGUACAUGCGAAUUACGGCAGAGUGGGGAAAUACUUUCAUUACCCAAGCCUCAGAAAAACACACAAGAACAAUAGCACAGCCAACUGAUCGAAGGAUUGUUGUGGUUUUUGACUAGGGUGUAUGUUAGUUUCAUCAGAAACUUAAAGCAUAGGCUGAUCACUCAGAAAUAAAAGUCCGUUCUACUGUGAAUAUAGCAAUAUAGUACUGGACACAGUACAGGUGAAACUGAGGAGAGCAUUGCUCGCAAAAUCCUGAGUUUCAGUAAGAAAAAUGAAGACUCCUUUAAAAAAGAAAACUCUGAGGAGUGUGUAUAAUAAGCAAAUGCUUUGACUUUCCUUUGCAGUGGAGGUUUUUUUGUUUCUCAUUGACAAAUGCAAGACAAUAGUGUGGGGAAAUGAUGCCAUCUAGUGGACAAAGUGCUGCCCUCAGCUAUUCAGAUGAACAGGAACUAUAGCUGUCAGACAUUUUGCUUUGAAUCUCAUCUACAGGUCAUUUGAAUUUUUUAAGCUACCCAGAAUUUUCAGAAUGUAAGUUCUUAGGAAAUUUUGAGGAGAGGAAAUGUUUGGAAAUCAUUUUUUAUUUUCUUUUUAAAUAGACGCAUUGGACAUUUCGCAUCAAGUUGAAAUGACCGUUCUGUGCAUGUAGUCAGUGGACUGUAUGAUCUAUGUGAUUAGUCUUAGUGGAAUUUUUUGCAAAGUGUUAAUGUUAAUCUGUCUCAGAUCGAGUAAUUCUUUCAUUAGGUUGGGUUUGGGAAGGGGGCAAAGGGAAAUUUUCCCUGGAAAGCAGUGAGAAAAGGGAAGGACUCUUUGAAGUGUUUCAGUGGUACCUCCUAGCGCUGUGAAAGUCAGAAUUGCCUCAGCAUUUCAUGAUGCACAUUAUGCAAACCUAUUUAGCACUAUUUUAAGUUUGAAAAGUUUAAAAAUGGAGGGGGAAGGGGAGAUUUCCACUAACUGAAUCAUUUGUGCACGCGUAUAGCUCAAAGAGCUUAGCCUUCAAAUAUACCUGGUGAAUGACUCUU